AUGAACAACGACGAAUGUAUCCAGUGCCAACUUCCCGUAACACAAGAUGAAGAGGCUGUUCUUUGCGAGGAAUGCGACCGGUGGCAACAUCGUACAUGCGACUCAGGAGUUUCACGAGAACAGUAUAUGGCUGCUGUGGAGAAUGGCUCAUUGGAUUGGGUGUGUUUCGAGUGCAGAGAGGAUGUCGGGUUGUAUGCUGCAGACCUGGGAGAAUUUGAGGAACCAGUGGAACAACAAGACGUUGACUUGGACAUGUUGGUUGACAGCAUAGGAUACCAAUACAACAAGAAAGUCGAUAAAAGGCGUGCAGAUGUUACGUGGCGAUGUUCUGUCAGAUCCAAGACCGUGAUGUGUAGAGCAACUGUGUUGGAGAGGAAUGGAGAAUUUGUAAGAGGGUCGCAGAGACACAUUUGCACAGCCGAACCAUGUAGAGAAGCAGUAGCAUUGUUACGACGUGACAUUAAAGCAUCAGCUAUUGCGCGACCGUUUGAUUCUGCAGCUGAGAUAAUUGAACAGGCUCUACGUGAUGACAUCGGAAGAGGGAACAUAGCCAUGCACCCAACGCUCCCUAAGCCUGUAAACCUUGCCCAACAAGCAAAUCGGAAGAGGAAACUGACACGACUAAGACAACCCGCCGACCUCAACUUUGUACUGGAUGAGGAACAUGUAGCACCAGGAUUCUUCCAGCGUGAUAUAAAAGUAGAUGGACUCCGUCACAUAAUGUUCGCGACAGAAGACAUGCUGGGACCCGAACGGUUAUCAAGAGGUGUAUGGCACUGCCGCUACUACCACACGAGCAUAUACCUGCAGUUUUGAAGACAUUGUGCAAACUGGUAGAAAUUCUCCACCAAUAAUGAGACCUCUAGAAUACUACAGGUCAACAUGGAUCGCUGUAACUGUAUUCACGCCGCCCGACUGGACCUGCUACAAUCAGUGCAUUAGGACCAACAACGACCUGGAAGUUUGGCAUUACCGCCUAAACCACCGAGGAAGACGAGCCAACCUCCAAUUCUAUGUCAUGUGUAUGUUAAUGUACGAAGAGGCAGUGACAGUGUCCAUAACAGUGUAUGUAAAAAUAAUGAAUGUAAUGAAUAUAAUAAACAUGGAUAAUCAUAAUCAUGAUGACAUUAAUAAAUACUGAAAUAUGUUUACUUGAUUACUAUAUAUAACUUGUAUACUCAUACACUUAAUGUAUCUACAUAAUUAACUAAACAUUAUCAUGUGUUAAAUGAAAUAUUUAUGUAAAUUUGCUUAUUUUUGUAUAUAUGCUUUAUUAUGUAAGUUUCAAUAAAUGAAGACUAUACCAGUUUAAAUUUUGGUUUAUAGUAUUUUUUGCGAGACUUGUAGUGAGGUGUUUCAAUACAAUAUAUACUGUACCGCCAUGAUUAAUAUUUACGAAAACGUAUAUAAUUAUAUAAAUUAUAACAACAAACAUAUAUAUUAACCAUUAAUCAAACUAGUUUCAGACAGAAUUUA